UUUCCUUCUCUACUGUAGUAACUUACAUCGCUGUCCAUAAACAAACAACUAAAGUGCUCAUAAAGUCAUAAUCAAUCAAACUAUAUAACCACGCUAUAGAUAAACCAACCACCAUAACAGUUUCAUCAAUUUUGGAUCUAUUUCAUCUGUAAUCAUGUUGAAGCCUACGAUGGGUGAUUGGAUGGUACUGCUGAAAAAUGGAUUUGGAAGAGGUAAAGCAGCAUACACAACUUCAACAGUACCAAAGAUGAAAGCAUAUGCUCCACCAGCAUCCGACUAUGUCAGUAACAUACACAAACAACAACAUGGGAAACAAUCUUCCAAGUCAGCAAAACAAGACUUCGUACCGGUUUACGUUGCUGUCGGGAUGAUAGCUUUGUCAUCGAUGUUGGGUCUCCACACAGCGUGGCAGCAUCUAAGGAAUAACCCAAGCGUGCGUGUGAAGAAACAAGGGAGAGAGAGUGUUCCUGAAGUAGUUGAACCUGAACAUGUUAUGGAGGAAUCUGAUAAAUUGUACAAGAAUUCGUUUUUCAGGAAAGUUGCACAUGUUCAGGAACGUAGUUAUCCUGAUCAUAGUCAAGUUCCUAGUUCGAUUAACAAGGAUGUUUUUGCUCAUCAGCCUCGUGUUGAGACACUCAAGUCUGUUGGUGUUGAUCCCUCUCAAUCCUAAGUGGGACUGUUAAUUUAAUUAAGCACUCGUAGUAAUGUUUCUUGUUUUGUAAAAUUAUUUUUCUUUUUAGUUUGUUAUUGUGGACGACAAAUAAAUAAAUUAAUGAUUAGGUUUGGUUUUGUACAUAUAA